AACUCCCACUGCAUCUCAUCCUGCCUCACUGCCGAGCGAUGUAGAGAUACUUCUGCUCAAAACACCUGCUUGAGAUUUAACAGGGACCUCACUAGACUUUCUAAACUAAGAGAAGGAGCAUCAAAACAACUUUGCAAAGAUGAUUUCUGCAUGUCUGGAGAUUAUUGGACUCGGCUUGAGCCUCAUCGGGACCCUUUUGGUCAUGGUGGCUUGUGGGUUGCCCAUGUGGAAAGUGACCGCCUUCAUCGAGGGCAACAUUGUGGUGGCGCAAACCAUCUGGGACGGGCUGUGGAUGUCCUGCGUGGUUCAAAGCACUGGUCAGAUGCAGUGUAAAAUGCAUGACUCCGUCCUGGCUCUGACCACUGAUCUCCAGACCGCUCGGGCUCUGACGGUCAUCUCCGCUGUCUUGGGUGUCCAGGCUCUGAUGAUAACCAUCGCCGGCGCUCAGUGCACCAACUGCAUCAGUAAAGAGUCCAUCAAAGCCAGAGUAGUCAACGUCGGAGGGGUGAUAUACAUCAUGGCAGGCUUGUUUGUGUUGGUGCCUCUGUGCUGGAUGGCCAAUAACAUCAUCUCAGACUUCUACGACCCUCAAGUUCCUUAUUCAAAGAAGAGAGAAAUUGGAGCUGCGCUCUACAUCGGAUGGGCAGCAUCUGCCAUGCUUCUGGUCGGAGGAGCACUUCUGUGUUUCUCCCGUCCACAAGAUGAAAAAACCUCGUAUCCCCUCAAAUAUGUACCUCCACCUACAAAAAGCACAUCAAUCAAUGGGGACUAUGAUAAACGAAACUACGUGUGAUCACCUCAACCAUUAACCAUGGACUAGUGGCUCUGUGCAUAUGGACUUUCAAAUGGACUUAGUAUUUGGUUAGUUCACAAAUAACCAUACUUUUAAUUUGAAAUCCAGAUUUAAGGUUGAAAUUUAUAUGAAAAUGUAUUUUUAGGUGCUCUAAUUUCUGACCAUGCAAAUAUUCCAUAUCAUUAAAGUUGCAUGUCAUGAUACAAAUAAAAAAAAAGUUGUUUAAAAUCAUUUUAGAUUUAAUAAAGCAUGUAAUACUGCAGGACACUGUCAACGUCCCAUUUACAUGCAACAGGUUUUGCACCAAACUAGAUGCAAACAUUCAGAUAAUGGAAUGACAGAAUGUAUAAACAUGUUUUUUUCUGUCAUUUGCUCUGUUAGCAGUGUGUCAUGGUAAUAAUGAAUUAGAUAUACACGGGUAUUUUUGUCUUUGUUAAUGAUAUUAGGGUCAGUGGCCCACUUGUUUCAUUUGAUUUUAAUCACUAGGGGUAGGGGGGUUGUGGGUAAAGGGAGGGUCUAUAUUUCUUGUUUUUGUUCUGCUUUACGAUACUGCACUAAUUAGACACGGUCUGUGCUUCAUUAAGACACUGAAUAAUGCCUAUUGUUCUGCAUAUAGACUCCAGGCUGCAGCUUUUUACACGAGACUGUUUUGAUCAUCUAAACCUCCUGACUGUACAUAAUUGUAUGAAACAGUUUUUCAUUAAAUCUGUGCAUAUUUAAAGUAAUAAUAAAAAAAAAAAAAAGGUUUUUUUUUGUUAAUAAUGUGUCCUGUUGCAUUAUUUUGCUGGUACAUGAAUGAUGCACACUUCAUAUCCUUGAAGUGUCUGAAGUGUACACUUUAAUAAAAGAACUGUAAAAAGUGA